CAUUGUUGUUUUUAGAGGAGCAACGUCGCCCGCUAAUUUACCUAAAUCCAGCAUUCUUCUCACAAGUUACACCACCACAACCUCAACCACAACAAGGAGGCAAAAGCUUCCUCGCUCUUCCAGACUUUCUGGAGGUAUCCCAUCCCAUGUUGAUGGGUUCGUUCUUCUUCAACCGUUGAAUUCCUUGCUCGAAACUUUGGCUCUUCUCACAAUUCAACAUACGAAGUACCUAUCUUAGCGGAAACUCUAAUUAUUAUUCAAAAAUUGAUUGAUUCUUGGAGAUUUGUUUUUGGACGAAUUAUUGGGAAUUUCUCUGUUGAUUGUUAUCUGGAAUUUCUAGGGUUUUUGCUUCUGCUCAUAGAUAUCUGCAAAGAAUAAUCGGUUAGGGUUUUAUCAUGGAAGAUGUUAAUCGAGAUGGGGAACGCACAUUUAGGGUUGCUUUUAGCGAAGAAGGAGCCGUAAAAUUGGCAGACCGAUUGGCGGAUACUUUGAAGGACUACAUGGGUGAUGAUGUUGAUGAUACUCUCGUGAAAUAUGUCAUUGUUCUACUGGGCAAUGGCCGGCGCAAGGAGGAAGUCAAGGAGGACUUGGAUGUUUUUCUGGGCGAUAAGAGUGAUUCUUUUGUUACAUGGCUUUGGGACCAUCUUGCCACUUACUUGGACCAGUAUGUAGGAUCUCAUCAAUCUUGUUCAGAUGAGGUGGCAAAAGCUAAACCUGAGCAGCCUAGUAAAGAUGAUUCCAGUCACCCAGUCUCAGAAUCUGAUAGAGGAAAGUCUAGCAAGACCUCUAGAAGCCGGCACAAUAGGGAUUGGAAAUCACUUGUGACAGAUAACCUUCAACCUUCUCUUAUCCGAAGCUCUGUUACCAAUAAUAUGCAGCAUGAAGAGAAAACCUAUCCCAAUGCUUUGCAUACCAGGCAAUCUGUUUCACCGCAACGUACUGUGCAUAGGAAAAGAAAUCGUCCUGAUGACCAUCCUCGGCCAAAGAGAGAAUUACCUCGAGCAACUAUUGCUGCACCCAGAAGGCUACUUCAAUUUGCUGUUAGAGAAGCAGUUGCAACUACAAGAUCCUCCAACUCUGUAUCAGAGCCAGCACGAAAGCGACUACGCUCUGUGGUCUCUACGCCCACUGGAAAUUUGACAGAGGAAGUUAAUCAUAAGAGACUACAGUCAGUGACAAGGUUGCAAAGCUCUAUGGCAACUGCAAUUAAAGCUGUUGAAGAUGCAUCCAAUGAUGUCAAAAGGGUAAGAACUGGAAAUGUCUUUGACAGACUGAGUCGUGGUGAUGGAAGCUCUGAUCAAGUAUCGUUUUUCGAAGAACCUGCUGUCCAAGAUGAUGAAUAUGACGAUUUUGAUAUUCACAACAAUUCACGUCAAAGGUAUCUUCAAACUAGAGAUAACAUUCAACAACACAAUGUGAAUGCAUCCUUGAUGGACAGCAGCACCGGCCUGGCAUCUGAUUCUGCAUCUGAUAAUGAAGGAUAUGAUGAUGUCAGAGGAGUUGAUGUCUCUGAAACCGGCACUUCUGCUAAACGCGAUGAUUCAUUGAGGGUGCAUUAUAGUGUUGCCCAAAAUACUGAGGGAAUGACACGUCAAUCACAAAGAAAAGAUCAAGAAUUACCAGCUUCUGCGGCUAAUACCAAGCAUAAAAUUGUGAAUAUCUCAGUGAAUGUAAAUACUUGGAAACCACACCAUUACCAAGCAGCACGAGAGAAACCAGGAGUAGAGACUCUAAAGUCCACACAGGAGAUUGACACUGGAGCUAGCAAUUCAAACGUUCGAUUAAUGAAGGAAAAUAGCAACUCAGUCACUGUUUAUGGAAAUGGUUCACCUGCUGCAGACACCCAAAAAGAAAACCAGAAUACUGUGGGGUCAACUGCUCCUGGGCCGUAUUCGACUGGUCUUCCGUUGGAAGAUGCUGAUUCACGUACAAUUUAUGUCAAUAAUGUUCAUUUUGCUGCCACCAAGGACACACUGUCUCGGCAUUUCAACAAGUUUGGAGAAGUUUUGAAGGUGAUAAUUUUAACUGAUGCCGCAACAGGACAUCCAAAAGGGUCAGCUUAUAUGGAGUUCAUGCGAAAAGAAGCGGCAGAUAAUGCUUUGGCAUUGGAUGGGACAUCCUUUAUGUCGCGUAUCAUCAAGGUUAUGAAGAAAAGCUCUGUGCAGCAAGAAGCCAACCCUGUGAUGAUGUGGCCUCGUAUUACUCGUGGUUCUCCAUUUGCCGUUCCUAGAUUUGCACAAGCUCCCUUUCCAAGGGUUUUUCCUGGUGCAUAUAGAGCACGGCCGCCUGUUAAACCAGGUAUGAGGAGUAUGCAGUGGAAGCGGGAUACCCAGCAAACGUCAGUGGAGAGUGUGGCUUCAGUUCCUGGAAACAUAACUGCAGGGCGUGGCCUCACCUAUAUCCGUACUGAAGCCAAGUCAGACGGAAAUCCUGGCGGGCUGUAAUUAAUUACUACAUAUAGGCUUUUUUGUGGAACUUAGAUCCUGGUUUACAUAUUCAACCUGUUUAGCUGUGGUGACUGCUUGGGUUAAAGGAGAGACUUCAAUUCCAUUAGUAUUAAUAACCGGAAAAAAAAAAAAGGAGAAAAAGAGAUUUUUGUCGCAUAAGAGAAAGGAAGACGUUGAAAAGCCAGGUAAAUGAUUGUGCACAACUUUGUAGGUUGUUGAGGUGGAAACAGAUGAGUGAGUAAAUUGGUUUGUUUUUUGUUGAUUGUACUGAUUAGUACAAGUAAUUUCACAAGCGAAAAGGGGAGAGGGGAAAUCAUGGAUGAAAUGAGAAGUUUUUGGAUCCCUUUUAUCAUUACUUCAUGGAAGUUUGGCUCCUUGUUUGAGAGAAUUGGGACUAACAUGAUGUGGGAAAUAGUAGAUGGAAGAAUGGCUUCAUAGCCAGCCAUUUUAUCUAUUUAAGAAACUUUUUGUUUGUAAGGUACGAAACUAUUUUUGGGACAAGAACUUUCUGAAGACUAUUUGAUUAGAAAAGUAUCGCAAUGUACAGUUUUUUUUUAGUAUCUUUGAUCAUUUAUUGGUAUCUUGUCAAAAAAAAAAAAAAAGGAUCAUUUCUUGGUUAUUAUGGUC